AUCACUACUGCGCGUGCGCGGUCGUCAAACAACCAAGAUGGCGGCGAGUAACGGCGGAGGAAUGGAGGUGGACGCGACAGCGAGCCCCAGUGUGAUGGCGUCUGGAGUCACGGGGAGUGUGUCUGUAGCUCUGCAUCCGCUCGUGAUCCUGAAUAUCUCCGAUCACUGGAUCCGGAUCCGCUCGCAGGAGGGACGAGCCAUGCAGGUCGUCGGCGCUCUGAUUGGUAAACAGGAGGGCAGGAACAUCGAGGUGAUGAACUCGUUUGAGCUGCUGUUUCAGACCGUAGAGGAUCAGAUUCACAUCGAUAAAGAGUAUUACUACAUUAAAGAAGAGCAGUUCAAGCAGGUUUUUAAGGACAUGGAGUUUCUGGGCUGGUACACGACUGGCGGCACUCCGGACCAAUCAGAUAUCCACAUUCAUAAGCAGGUGUGUGAGAUCAUCGAGAGUCCACUGUUCCUGAAGCUUAACCCCAUGACCAAACACACCGAUCUGCCAGUCAGUGUGUAUGAAUCUGUGAUUGACAUCAUCAGCGGAGAGGCCACUAUGCUGUUUGCUGAGCUGCCGUACACACUAGCGACAGAAGAAGCAGAGCGCAUCGGAGUCGAUCACGUCGCACGGAUGAUGGCCAUCGGGACGGGAGAGAACUCCACCGUGGCGGAGCAUCUGAUCGCUCAGCACAGUGCUAUAAAGAUGCUGCACAGCCGCGUGAAGGUCAUUCUGGAGUACGUCAAAGCAGUGCAGGCAGGUGAGGUCCCGUUCAAUCAUGAGAUCCUGCGGGAGGCGAACGCUCUCUGUCACCGUCUGCCGGUUCUCAACACGCUCAAGUUCAAGACAGACUUCUAUGACCAAUGUAAUGACGUGGGUCUGAUGGCGUAUCUGGGGACCAUCACCAAAACCUGCAACAGCAUGAACCAGUUCAUCAACAAGUUCAACGUUCUGUACGACAGGCAGGGCAUCGGCCGGCGCAUGAGGGGCCUGUUCUUCUGAAACCCCUCAGUCUUAUCUUUCUGACCGUCAUCGCUGUAAAUACAAGGAACGUGAUGUCUUUGGUUAACUUUACUGUUGCAUGUACAGAUAUCACACACAACCCUCCUGUAACUGAGUCAGGUUUAUUUCUAUAGCGCUUUAUAAUUUACUGAUUCCUGUUUAUUACUGUGAAACUAUCAUUUCGACUUCCUUUAUGAAACAACCCUACAGAAUACAGUUUUCUUAUCGGGUUAAGUAUUCAUUUUUUUCUGAGAAAUUUUUCAAGAGGUUGAAAUAAAAUCACAUCUUUACUCACACAGAUCAUCUGAAGGAACAAACAUGUUCAUAAUUUGUUUAUGCUUAUUUUUAUUUUUUUAUAUGUACCUGUUGUUUUUCAGUGUAAAAGUGAUUUAUUGGCCAUUAAAAAAAUAACUGGA